UUUCUUACCCGCGAACUUGAAAAUACAGGAAGUAGAAUGGCUACCCUCGUAGCAGACUACGGAGAUAGUGGUGAAGAUUCGGACAUCGAUUCUGCUGUUAUAGAAGAUGACAGAAUCUCAUCCAAUCAUUCAAGUGCAUCACCUGUUACAUUGCCUACAGAACCCAGAAAGAGUGUGAAUUAUUUCCAAGGAGGCGACAGUGACAGCACCAGUAGUGAUGAGGGAGACCACCAGUCAAAAGGACAAGAAACAGGAUCAAAGGGAGAUAAUCAAUACAAACUCCCAAAUCCUUUGGCAGAUAACCUACCGAUACCAGACCUUGGAGAUCUAAAAGAUAGCCAGUCAGUAUUCAGCAAUAAAUAUGAAUUAGCUGAAAAAGCUAAAAACUCUAUCUUAGAACAGCAUGUGAAAAUGACUGAGGCCAGAAAACAAGCCAAGAAGAAUGUAUGUUUCAAAUUUCAGAGAGGAAAAUGUAAGUUUGGAAAAAAUUGUAAAUUUUCGCAUGAUCGUGGAUCAGACAUAGUUGGGAAUUCUGUAAAACAGGAUGAGGAAAAACCUCCAACUGAGGCUGAUGUCAGUUCAGGAUUUAGUGGUGCAGGUCGGUCAGUUUAUCUCAAUCCUAACACUGGGUAUGGAGAUCCACUACCACCUCUAGAUGCUGCUGAUGAUGACAGUUAUAUGGCAGGCGCCAAACGGAAGAAGCGUGCAGGGCUGUCGGAACAUUUAAUGCCAUCCAAAAAAGCCAUGUCAUCUCUAGACAGGCAGAGACUACAUGAAAGGCCAUGGACUAUGAAAAAUAAAUGAAAGCAAUUUCUUAGGGAAUAAACUUACUAGGGCUAUAUGAUGUUACUCCACAGAAUUAUUUGGUAGGAACAGAAAACCCGACGUAUUGAUCGUAAUGAUGGUAGGGAUAGUUUUACUGGGUAUUGACCAAAUCUUUUAACAAUUGAACAAUUCUACACCUAAUAUUCGAAGAUCAGUUCAAUAAGUGUAAGAAUUUCUCAUAUAUGACACACUUUUUGUAGGGGAAGUGCAUUGUGUUCAUUUGAGAUUAUAAUUUUACUCCAAUGAUUUUAAAAGACUGUAACUGAUUUUUUUUUGCUAAACCUUAUGCACAGGACUCAACGUUGUUAAUGAAUUUCAUAGACAGUUUUAUAAAAAUGUUACUGGAAAGCUUUAUUUUGUUGCUAAAAUGCAUGUUAACCUCCAGGUUAUCAGUUGAGUGAGUUGGGAAUGUACUGUUGAUCUAUAAUCUGGGUAUAUUAUUUUUAAUCCAAGCCAAUAAAAAUACAAGUUUAAAUGACAUAUUUAAAUUUAUCUGU